AUGGAAUACGAACGCUUGUACUCGGCGGGCCAGGCGUCCGUGUCGGUCGUCGGGCUGAAGGGCGGCCAGCACGGGAGCGCGACGGAUGCUCCGGCCUCGCGACCGGUAGUUCUGGAUGCUAAGCGCCCGGCGGUGGAACUCCAAGCGAGCUCGACGGCGUCACCUCCUCUCGACCCUCACCGAACGCCUCGCCAGUCGCCUCGUCCUGUCGAACCCGCUCCUGCUCCUUCCCCUGCGCGCUCACACUCUUCCACCCCAGCACCCGCUAUCCGCGAAGCGAAUUCGGCGGCAAAGGAGCCGACCACCACGGCGACCGAACAGACGAGCGGCGGCGAGAAGGAUCCGGUCGUCUCGUGCACGCUGUGGGAGGACGAGCGUUGCGUCGUCACGCAGGUUCUCGUCAACGGACACGUCGUCGCGAGGAGGUCGGACCUCGACUAUAUCAAUUGCACCAAGCUGCUCAACAUGGUGCCGGGCUUGACUCGCGGGAAGCGCGACAUGUACCUCAAGAACGAGGGCGACCGCAUCGUCUUCCGCCGCGGUGCGCUGCAUCUCAAGGGCGUCUGGCUCCCUCUCGCUGCCGCGGCUCGUCUCGCGAAAAACUUCAACCUGUACAAAUGCCUCUACCCGCUCUUCGAACCCGACAUCCUCCAGUUCCUCUUCCGCCCCGUCAAUCGCGAACGGACUGGUCAGCUCAUCCAGGCUGCGAGGGGUCGCGAGGCGCUCAUCUCGAAGCCUGACGUCUCGAGUGGCUUGAGCGAGGAGGAUCGUGAGAAGUUGAGCACGAGAGGCGCGGCGCUCGAGAAGAUGCUGUGCGAGUUGGAAGAGGGGUUGAUCGCGACGGCGCCCAAAGUCGAAACACCUCCGCGCCCGCCGUUGCAUCAGCAGCAGCGCGAGUCGGACAAGCGGAGCUGGGCUGCCCAUGAAAUGGACAAGUCGCAGCGGCCAGCCAAGAUGCGUCGAAUCGCUCCGUCGGGUGCGACGCCGCCGCCUGGCCCGUCAACUCACCGCCUUGCUGCCGCCUUCGAGGAACGCUUCCAAGCGGACCGACAGCAAUUGACCUACGCCCCUUACCAACCCGCACCUCGUCCUCACCUCCCUCUCUACACCGCUUCCGGCUACCCUCCGUCGUACAUGACGUACCCGAUCCAGCCUCACCACGCGCCUCCACCACCAGCCACCGAGUCUCUUUCGGCUGUCCCUCGUCGGCCGUCGAUGGACGUCGGCUACACCCGCGACUAUCGUGCCCCGGUCGCCUGGUACGACAACCCGACGCCUCCGCACGCGCACGACAUGAGCGAGUACUUUGCGUCGACGUCCGGCACGGCGAUGCGGCGCCUCAGCGCGGUCGAGGGUGGGCUCGACGUCGUGCGCAAGAACGAAGAGGUGCAGGGCUGGCAGGCGGACGGCUCUAUCGCGGAGAGUCGCCCACCGCAAGCAGGAGGCGACGUGCUGAGGCGCCUUCCGAUCGGCUCGGAUGCGUCGAUGGAGUCGCCGUUGACGUUCGAACCGCCGUACUCGAUGCAGCUGCGGGAUCCGUACGGUCGUUCGCUAUCGCUUCCUGCUUCGACCGAUACCUUCGCUCCUUUUGACAGCCACCAGAAUAUCCUCACGACUCAGCCGAACAUCGUCUACCGUUCCGAGCCGUCGAUGCCUUCGCCGAACGACGAGCUCGACUUUGGCCAGAUCCACCAGGCGCUGUACUCGCCGCCCGUCCAGCCUUCCCGCCUCGGUGGGGCGCGCCUCUCCAUCGACUCGGCCGCCGAAGCCGUCUUCCCCAACUACGGACUCGGCUCGACCUCGCUCGUCGCGCCGCACACGGUUGGGUUGAUGCGGACCAACGGCACCGAGUCGUACACCAAUUGGCUCCCAAAGGCGUUCGACGCGAGCGACUGGGCAGAUGCGUGGGCCCGGCAGGAUGCGGGCGAAGACGGCGGGUACGGCGCGAGUGCACCAGCGAGCGAACCUCCUCGUCCCGUCGAGUCGACCUUCCCAAACUUUCCCGACGACGCCUACGCCUCAACUUCCUUCGCCGACUCUCCGUUCGCGCCCAGCGGCUCGGCGCCGCGCUUCGCUCACUCGGCAGCAUCGCCCGGCCCCCAGGCACCGCCUUACCUGGAUGGCGCUUUCGCCGGACAAGCGAUGUCGCCAUCUGCGCGGCGCGACAGUCUCUGCGGUGUUGUUGGCGUUGACGGCUCGCUUGCGCUGAGCCUCGGAUCGCCGGUUGGCAUCAAGGUCGAGCCGGAUGAGUGA